UGCUGUCAGCCCUGAAGGCAGCAGCUGUAGUCCCUCCCCGGGCCAGAGCGAGCACAGGGAGCCUGGGCUGCUAAAUGCUCCAGCCUCAAAGGGACGAUGGUGGAGGGCUGGUAAAGAUGGCGGCGCUCUCCGAGGAUGGGAGGUACGGAUUAAAUUGUGGCCAACAGAGCGCCGACAGAAUCACCGUGUUACACGUCAAAUUGACCGAGACAGCACUGAGAGCCAUAGAGAGCCACCAAAAGUGUAUGAAUGUACCUUCUUUGCGGCCAACAAUACAAUUCAAGGGACUCCAGGGGCGUAUUAAAAUUCCUAAGACGGACUCCUCCUCUGACACCUUCCAAAAUUUUGAUUUCUACCUGUCUAAUGUGGGCAAGGACAACCCUCAGGGAAGCUUUGAGUGCAUCCAUCAGUAUGUGUCGAGCUCAGGGGCCUCACACCUGGCAUUGUUGGCAACAGUACAGGACAAGGUCACAGUGUGCGCUACUAAUGACUCCUACCAGGUGACCCGGGACCGUAUGACCCAGGCUGUGGAGGACACACGUGAACGCGGGACCAAAGUCAUCAAGCCUGGGGGCCAGUACAGAGGAAAGCAAGUCCAUAUCCGUAAGCCAGCACUGUCGAACCCAGAGGUGGUCCCAGAGCGCAAGCGCUCCACACCCAUCAACCCAGCCAACACUAUUCGUAAGUGCCUCUCAAAUAACCCUGUGUCUCAGCGGCCAUUCCGGGACCGCAUCAUCCACCUUCUGGCGUUGAAGUCCUACAAGAAGCUGGAAGUGCUUGGCCGUUUGCAGCGGGACGGUAUCAACCAGAAGGACCGAAACUCACUGGGAUCCACCCUGCAACAGGUGGCCAACCUGAACCCCAAAGACAACACAUACUCAUUGAAGGACUUUAUAUAUCGUGAUGUCCAGCGAGACUGGCCAGGUUACUCUGAGGAUGAGAAGUCCCAGGUUGACCGGAUUCUGGCUCGUAAAUUAGGUCUUCCUACUGAGACCCUCACAUCAAGCAGUCCUCCCAAAGAUAGUGUUCCCACGUCCCCCCAGAAGCGCCAGCCAGACUUUGAUUUCAUUGAUCCUUUGGCACCCAAGAAAGCCCGCAUCUCCCAUCUCAGCAACCGAGGGGCAGUCGCAUCUUCAUCCUCCUCCUCCUCUGACCGCCGUGAGGACGAGGGCAGCCCCAGCUCUAAACGCUCGUCCCUACCCUCCAACGUCGCCUCAGGCCCCCCCACCCAUCUUCCCAUCUCGUCCCACCCUCCUGCACCCUCUCACCAGCAGCCCAGCCCGGCCUCUAAUUCCAACUCACCCAGCACCCCGGAGGGCUGUGGCACCCAGGACCUGCCCAUGGACCAGAGUUCCUCCUGCAGAGACCCGUCACCUAGCCCCUUUGCCUCUGAUAGGAACCCGCAGGACCGUUAUCGGCAUCCUGUCCCCGUCCCUAUCCCCAGACCAGCCGCCUCUCCCAGCCCUCCUCCUCCUCCUCCUCUUCUCCCUCCUCCUCCUCCUCCUCCUCCUGUCACCUCACUCACAGUUACCUCCACUGUCAUCACCAGCCCCCCUUUGCCCAGCAGUACCAACAAGAAAUAUAAAAAGAAAUCCAAGAAGCACAAAGACAAGGAUCGAGAGAGGGAGAAAGGGAAACGGACGGAAAGUGGCAGCAGAAGUCCUCCCAACAUGGCAGAGCAGGCCGAAGAGACUCGUCGAGUCAAAAAGAGACGCGGUGCUGAGGAAGCGAGUAGAGAAGUUAUCGAUAAGAAUCCUCACAAAGCUAAAGACUCUUCAGAUAAAGAGAAGCCAGUCCAAUCCACCGAAUUCUCCUCCACAAUUGAGACGCCUGACUAUGUAGUGAAGUACAUACCGUUGGUGUCCAUGGACCAGCGACAAGGCUACAAGGAUGACUUCAAUGCAGAGUAUGAUGAGUACCGCCUGCUACACGCCCGUGUGGAGAACAUCACCCGCCGCUUUACUCAGUUGGAUGCCCAGUGCCGGAAGCUGGCACCUGGCACCAAAGAACACCAGAAGGUGCAAGAAGAAGUCUUGAAAGAGUACAAAAAGAUGAAACAACGCAGCCCAAACUACCAUGAGGAGAAACAGCGUUGCGAGUACCUGCACAACAAGUUGGCCCACAUCAAGCGGCUAAUAGCUGAUUUUGACCAGCGCAGAGCCCAGUCCUGGUGCUGAGAGCACAGUACACGUCUUCACUGAUCAGUAUUGAGAACGGAGUGACGAACCAGGAGGGGGUGUCCAACUGGCUGUUAUUUAACACCCCUUCAGUUACUGCCCGCACAACAGCCACCCCUCCCACCUUUUUCCCUUCCCAUUUCCUUUUCCAUCAUCCUUCUUCAUUCCUUCCUUCUUUUCCGAUCUUUGAUUCCACUGGCUUCAUUGUUGCCUGCAAUCUUGAAAAUCCACUUUGACUUAACCCCCCCAUCUUUUGCUUUCUCUUUUAUUUUAUUUUUUCUCAAUGAGCUCCUGUGGAAUUUCAUGCCACUGGACAAGUGGAAGGGGCUGCCUGCAUGUGUGAAUGGGUUUGGGGGGAAAACUUAAACUCUUCUAACCUUUUGAAGGACUUUAUCUUCAGGCAAAAAAAAAAAGAACAAAAAAAGUAUUUUUGAGCAUCACAGAAAAUAUUAACAAUGUAUUUAAGUUAAAAAAAAAAAAAGAGGGAGAUCUAUUUAUUUUGGGACUCGUAGUGCAAAGGAAGAGUCCGCAGAUGAUAUAUUGUUUAUCUUUUGUUGAAAACAAUGCAAAAAAAUUACCGCAGGCCUUAUGUGUUCUGACUUUGUGAAGCCAUUUUGCACGCAAAAUCCAUUAUGUAAUCUCACUUGGCAAAGAUGUCUCUCCUGCCUCAUUUCCUCUCUUUUCAUAAAGCUCUACUGGAUAACAUUGUUUCAGCACAUCGCUGUCUUUGCUGAAUUUGAGGCUGAGUAGGGAGGAAAUGAGACAGGCCGGAGAAAUCACUUAAGCUAAUUGAGAAGCAACAACUGUACGUGUGCAUGGAUUGUAAAUUUAGUUGUAAUGGCGACAUGGGGUGGUAAGGGUGGGGUAACUAAAGGUGUAUGAUCCCCUGUCAAUGGGGGCAGUAUUUCCCUGCACCAACAGUGUUUAGUGUUCACGGUGCAUUAUGGGUGCCUUAAGGUGUUUACACUCGGAAACGCCGAGUCGGGCCGACCCUUAGGGUCCACAGGCUACACAAAGGAACUAUAACUGCCUGGAUACAGGUUGUGUGUGUGUGUGUGUGUGUGUGUGUGUGUGUGUGUGUGUGUGUGUGUGUGUGUUCGUGUGUGCAUGCAUGGAGAAAGGAAGGGAUGUCAAGUCUGGAAGGAGUGUUACAAAUCGUAUGAGGGUAUGUGUUUGUAUGGUUGUGCUUUAUGUGGAGUGACAGGUGAAAGAAAAACAUAGAAAUGUGGAGAAAAAGUGAGAAAUAUGAAAAAGAAACAAAAAAAGCUGCUAUAGUGUUUGACCAGCCAGAGCACUCAGGAUCAACCUGGCUGGAGUAACAGUACCUGAUCUAUAUUGAGGAGAUAUAGAAGAUCCUUGUUUUUUCCAGAAUGGUUGACGUCUAGACCCUGGAAAGGACUGCGCCCACCUCUUCGUCUUUUUCCUGCGGCAAUCGGUCUGUGUUUCUGUUUUAGAGAAAGGCCAAAGUUUGUCAUCCACCAGAGGACGAAUCUGUGUUAUUAUGUCAAAUAUUAUUUGAUUCUCAGUUUAAUUUCUGCAGAGCAGUGAAAGAUUCCAGAGUAGCAUUUUUCUUUUCUUUUCAACAUUUAUACCAAUUUAGUUUGGUGGAUGGACGAACGGCUUCAAUGAAAAGUCUUUAUUUCAACAAGGGAAAAGUUGUUUACAAACCUGUGUUAGACUGUUUGCCAAAAAUUAAAUACUUUUCUGGUACUGCAUCCACGGAGUACAAUUCCUGAUUGGAGCUCAGUUGCAGGAGACAUUAAUACUGGAAUAAACUAUGUCUCAUUCCAUGAAGAAACGGUAAACACUGAAGAAGAACUUAGACACUGUACCCUGAGAAACAACAAGUGGAAGGUGCUGAUUCCCAACUUUUGGAGCAGUCGGCCUUUGCAGCCAUUUGGUCUGACAUAUACACUCAGUGGCAACUUUAUUACGUACACCUGUCAUGACAUCUAUCUGUAUGAAGUUUUUGGUGACGUGUAAAUAAGAUAUGUUUACUACCAAGGCGCAAUACUUAAGAAUUUUGGUCCAAAUGUGUGCUAACAUUGUAAACACCAACACUUUCUUGGUGCUCCCAAUCUGGAUCGCUAGCUGCACAGCUUACUGAGCCAACUAGCCAACAGUUAGUGGUUACUUUGGUGACAUGCUGCCCCCUAUUGGUUGAGUUAAAAAUUCAACAAGUAGCCAAUUCUUACAUACUGCACCCUUUUUUAAAAAAAAAAAAAAAAUGUUUUAAGGUUGUGUUUUACUGGACUCACUACAACAUCAGUGCUAUAUGUAAUUAACCCCUUUACAAAAAGAAAAAAAAAACUAAUUAAAAAGGCAUCAUAAAAAUACUCUAUGGCAGUACAGUUGUAUGGGCUUGUAUUAGCUUGUACAGAUGUAUAUAAUAAAGUGAAAACUAAGCGUAUAUUCAGCUGGUGUUGACUUAUCUGUUGGAAAAAAUGGGGCCCCAUUUUAAUUUUUCAAGGCAAAUGGAGAUAAAUUAAAGAUUGGCCAGUUCUAUCUCCAGUUGCUUUGAUUGUGGCAUUCUGUCGAACAGUCAGUCUCUGCAGCAGACUGGCUGUUUAGUGCGUCUGUCAGAAUCAAUUCAGCAUAUAACAAACACUGCUCAACUUACUUGUUGUAUCUAAAGUCAUUUUUCAGACAGAAAAAUCAGGAGUUGUAUCGUGGAUUUGCGCAAGAUCUAGACUUACCACAGCUGUGGACUACAGGGUCAGUCUUUUGGUUUAUUUUCCCUUGAAAAAGUCAUUUCCAGAAGUAUGGAGCGGCACAAAGAGCCACUUAAAACAAAUUUAAGUUAUAGACCAGGGCUUCACGUGCAGCCUCCUACGUGCUAUCCGUCGUCCUCUCAGCCUUCCAAGGAAUGUCUGGGUUUUUGGUUUUUUUUUCAUCAAAAACAGAUUUACGUCAGUUUGGUCCGAUCAAUAUGAAUAAGCAUUAUGUGACUCAUUGUCGUGAGAGGAAGGAGGGAAGCAGUUUGAUUAAGAGUCUUAAUGAGGACAUAACUAAGUAAAAUAUGCCCUGGCAGCGUUUUGAUAUAAGAAACCACUGAAAAUCAAGUGUGAAAUCAGAUCCUGCCCAUGUGAAAAUGUAAGACAUUUCAAUAAAAAUCAACUUAGUUUUACCU